UGCUGAGUUAAUGGCCCGAAUGUCUUCCCGGGGCACCAAAAUUGUUGUGACUCUGAAGAUGGGAGCCAAAACGUAUCCUGAUGCUGAUUCCUUCAACAUAGUUGCAGAAAUCAUUGGCAGUAAAUACCCUGAGCAGGUUGUACUGGUGAGUGGACAUCUGGACAGCUGGGAUGUGGGGCAAGGAGCCAUGGAUGAUGGAGGCGGAGCAUUUAUAUCAUGGGAAGCGUUAUCACUCAUUAAGGAUCUUGGCCUCCGUCCCAAAAGGACUCUGCGUUUAGUGCUUUGGACUGCAGAGGAACAAGGUGGAGUUGGUGCUGAACAAUACUACAAGCUCCAUAAGGAGAACAUCUCCAACUUCGACAUUGUUAUGGAGUCUGACGAGGGAACAUUCAUGCCUACUGGUCUGGCUUUCACAGGAAGUAAUAGUGCUCGUAGUAUCAUAAAGGAGGUCAUGAAACUGCUGAAGCCCAUCAAUGUUACCAAAGUCUAUGAAAAUGGUGAAGGAACAGACAUCAAUUAUUGGAUCCAUGAUGGAGUACCGGGUGCCAGCCUGCGUGAUGAUAUCACCAAAUACUUCUGGUUUCAUCAUACCCAAGGGGAUACAAUGACAGUUCAGAAUCCAUCUGAGAUGAAUCUCUGUGCUGCUGUUUGGACAGUUGUAUCCUAUGUAAUUGCUGACAUGGAUGAGAAGUUACCAGUGUAAUUAAAAAAAGAAAAUCAAGGGGAAAGAUUCAUAAUUUUGGACAUAUUGACCAGAAAGGCGUAUGACCUACCACUGUGGUGAAAACUUGAACUUUCUCAGAAAACUGUCUUUCUCAUGUCUGAAAUCUAGGGAUGGCCUUUUUAUUAUGUGGGCUUUUUUGAUUUGCUGAUUUAAAACCUUCUACUCAUGUUGUUCAUUUCCUGCUACGUACUUAUAUUAAAUGUGGGGUUUCUUUUGUAGCUGUUAUCUACUCUAUACCUGUUAGAAAAUGGGUGAAUUGUUUAUCUGCCAAAGGCUUAAAAUAAAACUGUUGCAUAAUCUUA